AAUUUGACGUCACGACAGUUUAAAUGAUAAUAAUGAUAACAUCGUUGAUGGAAUCUUUUUCGGUGUUUCUGUUUUCAGAUUUUGCAAGCGCCGGAAUAAUCGUAAAUUUAAUGAAAUCUAAUGGAUUCUGAUGAAGAUGAUGCUUUACCACCUGGUUGGGAAGAACGAGCCGCAGUCGACGGGAAUAUUUAUUACGUGAACCAUGUAUCGAAAUCAACGCAAUGGAUUCAUCCUGUGUCGAAAAGAAGAAAAAUGGUUCCUUCGAAACUGCCUUAUGGUUGGACAAAAAUCGUAGAAUCUGAUGGCAAAAUCAUGUAUAGCGAAGAGUCUACCAAUAUUCAUACGUACACUGAUCCUAGGCUGGCUUUUGCUUAUGAGCUAAAAGAUACUGAAAGUUUCUCUUAUAAAUAUGACGGAUUUUCGUGCGCUCUCGAUGUACUUCAUGGCUUGGAUUUAUCGUCGAAGGUGGCCAUCGUUAGUGGAGCUAAUUCUGGAAUAGGUUUUGAAACUGCGGCAUCUUUAGCGCAACAUGGUUGUAACGUUGUGUUUGCAUGCCGAUCAGAAGAUGACGCGGUGAAAGCAAUUUCCAAAGUAAAGAAUUCCAAAAUUAGAGCCAAAUGUAUACCUAUGAAACUCGAUUUGUCAUCUUUAAAUUCUGUUGAAAAAUUCAGCGAUGAAUUUAAUAAGUUAUAUAAGAAUGUUGAUAUUUUGAUCUUGAAUGCCGGUGUUUUCUGUCUCCCUUAUUCAAUUACAAAAGAUGGAUAUGAAAGUACAUUCCAGAUAUGUUACCUGAGUCAUUUUCAUCUAGUGAAACUUUUAAAAAAUAGUAUUUUGUCGGCUUAUAGUCCACGUAUAGUUGUCGUUUCAUCGGAAUCUCACAGGUUUUCAAAUUUAUGCUCCGAAACUUUGGACAGUACAUUGUAUUCACCUAAAAGAGAAGACUAUUGGAGUUUGAUGGCGUACAAUAAUGCUAAAUUAUGUAAUAUGUUAUUUGUGAGCGAACUUCAUCAACAGCUGUAUUCGAAAGGUGUCAACGUUUAUGCUGUCCAUCCUGGCAAUUUAGUUCGUUCGCGUUUAAGCAGAUAUCGUUGGAUUUAUGAAAUAAUUUUUCUCUUAUGUUCCCCUUUCACCAAAUCUUUGCAACAAGCUGCGAGUACUUCAGUCUUCUGUUCAACUUCGCCAUCGCUGAACAAAAUGUCUGGACUGUAUUUUAAUAAUUGUCAGAUAUGUGACCCUAGUGAUAAAGCUAAAGAUCGUCAACUUGCGCAGCAAUUAUGGGUUUUAUCGGAAAAUUUAUUAAGAACAUGUUCGUCAAAAAAUGAAUAGAUUUUGAAUACCUACAUUCUUUCUUGAAAUGGAUUUAAUAAAAGUUGUACUAUCGGUGAUUUAAA